CCCCACUCCAUCCUCUAAGUAGUUGAGUUGCUAAGUUCACUCUUAUUGAAUCUAAUUCGUUUGUUGACAACUUCCUAAACGAAAUUUCUUAUCAAUUUUUGCAUUCAGCAUUAAUCACAUUUUAUUUUCCAACAGUAUGCACAUUACGUAGUCCAAAAAUAGUUAGUUCCCGGUGAGUCAUUCGAUUGAUUUGUCGUAGAAGCCGAACCGGACGAAGUUUUAGUCUGUAGAACAAAUUAAAACGUGUAAAGCCUCCAAACGCCUUCACAAUGGAUAUUGGUUCGAUUGUAAUUGUAGUGGUUAUUAUUUGUAUUAUGGUAAGCUGCUGCGGAUAUUGUUGCCAAAGACAUCGAGGAAAAGUGUUGGGACCUGCUCCAACAUUAACUACGUCAGUAGUAACAACAACAGCAACAUCAGUUCCACAUCCGCCAUAUCCAGUGGCCCCUCAACAUCCAAUUCCACAGCCAGCACUUGUUCCGGGAAUAGGAUUUCAGCCGACAAUGCAACCAGGAUCAUAUCCAUAUCCUGUUAAUCAAGCUCCUGGAUAUUACUAUCCGCCCCCUCAAAUGGGACCUGUAAUGCCUCAACCAUAUCCACCACAACAAAAUCACCCGGUUGUAGCACCGCCACCUUCAUAUCACGAAGCUAUGGGGCAGCCGACUCAACAACCUGUAAUGCAAGAAAGCUACGCUAAACAAGCACCGUACAACCCGAAUUAUUAACACCAAUUUGUCUUACCACAUUUCAAACAAAAUCAACAAUAAUGGAAUGUCAUAAAAAGAGGACAAAGUGUUGCUCGCGGAUUGUGCCAAAAAAAUUAGUUUCUAGUGUUAUAUUUUUAUUUAUAACACCGCAAGCAGUACAAGGCCUUUUCUUAUUAAGGCCAGUGCCUUAUAAUACAAAAACAACGUACAUCUCCAUUUUUUGGUUAAUUCAUUGGUUAAACAUACUAUUUUUAUAUUUAUAUUCGUGAUAUAUAUGAUUUUUUUGUCUGAAUGAUUUAUCUUAUAAUUUACUCAUUCGUGUUUUCCUUUCAUUUUUUUCUGAUAUUUUUAUUAGUUGUUUUAUGGGAAGUUCGAUUUAUUUUUUUAAGUUACAAGAUGAAAUUUUGUAGUCCAUUAUAAUCAAUUCUUAUGGAAGGAUUAGAUUUUCAGUGAUAAGACACUUAAAAUGAUUGUGGUACUUUAAAUUUUUGAAAGGUAGAAUUGAUAAAUAAACAAAUUGUUCUUUUUUCACAAUGGUGACUAUUUUUUUUUUGUUGUGGUAAGGAACAAAUAGGAAUAUGUAAAUGUAUAAGGCUUUGAAAAUUGUACCACAUCUUUCCACAUAUGAUAAUGUGUAAAUGUAAAACUUAUAUGUUGAAAAGACUGUGUGACUUAUGUUUCAAUAGUUAUUUAAAUAAAGAAUAUCUUCCAAAAAUA